AUGCAUGUGGUGAAGUUUCCCUGGGUGAAACACGCCGAGGGCCCUCGAUCAUUUGAAAUCUACUCCGUCUCGGUUUCUCCUGACGGUUCCAGGCUUGCUACAGGAGGCUUGGAUGGGAAGGUGAAACUAUGGUCAAUUGACACCCUUCAGAAGUACAAGGAGAUGGACAAGAUGAAGGAUGGGAACAGCUCUAGUAGCAAUAUCAUAGAUAAAAGCGAAUGUCGGCCCUUAUGCUCAAUGUCAAGGCACGCAGGUGCCAUCACCUGUAUAAGAUUCUGCCCAAACGGAAGAUUUUUAGCGAGUGGUAGCGAUGACAAGUUGGUUCUCAUUUGGGAAAAGGAUGAAGAGAAAACUCGUAUCAUGGCGAUGCAUCGGAAUGAGAUUGCUAACUCAGGCGACUCGAAUUUUCUCUUUGCUAACGGUGAUGACUCCGGCAUCAACGAUGCUGAUUUGGAACAUUGGACUGUGAGAAAAAGAUUAGUUGCACACGACAACGAUGUUCAAGACAUGGCGUGGGCACCAGAUGGUUCUAUCUUAGUCACCGUUGGUUUGGAUAGAUCAAUCGUAGUGUGGAACGGAAUGACUUUUGAAAAAAUCAAGAGGUUUGACAUCCACCAAAGUCAUGUCAAAGGUGUUGUUUUCGAUCCUGCUGGAAAGUAUUUUGCCACCUGCUCGGAUGAUAGGACGAUGAGAAUCUUCCGGUAUAGGAAAGGUGUUAGUGUCGAAGGUGCAGAUAUGGAAUUCGUUGUGGAAAACAUUAUCCGUGAUCCGUUCGCAAAGUCCCCUUUGACCACAUACUUCCGUAGGUGCUCUUGGAGUCCUGACGGCCUAUACAUAGCUGCACCCAAUGGAACGAACGAAGGUGUCAACGCUAAUGUUGUCAUCAAGCGAGGAAGCUGGGAUAGCGAAUUGAGUCUCAUUGGACACCGACUACCAUGCGAGGUGUGUUCGUUCAGUCCCCGCUUGUACGAUGUGGAAUUUGGUAACAAUAAUAGAAAUGCCGGUCACAGCCAAAGUUCAUCUCGGUCGGAAACAGUCAUUAUCACAGCAGGCCAAGACAGGACUCUAGCAUUAUGGAGUUCAAGUUGUGCAACCCCAUUGUGUGUGGCAACAGAAAUAUCCGCCAAAUCAAUAACAGAUGUUGCUUGGAACCCGGACGGGCUAAACGUGUUUUUAUGUGGGCUUGACGGUGUUGUUUUAUCCUUGUUUUUUGAUGAACGUGAGCUCGGCCAUGUCGUCCCAUGGGAGGAGAACAACCGUGCGUUGAUCAGAUAUGGUAAAGAUCGUGAUAUGUUCUUUCCAGAAAGUGUAGAACAGCUCAAGCUAGAAGAAUUUGCUGAAAAGCGUGGUAUUAUUGGUGAUUCCAAGCCUAUCAAGCCGGACCGUCUACAAUCUCUUAUGGGCGGGAGUAGCCUGGGAGGCAACACUGAACUUAACACUUCCAAUAAUGACGAAAGCAAGAAAGUAAUGAACGUAUUAAUUCCUCGGUCGAAAAAGCACCCUAACAAGAGGAUGCCGGUGCCGACAAUUACACCGAGAUCCACAGUCGCAACCAACAAUAGCAAUACUAAUAAUAUUGAUGUUUCAGCGUCUUCACAAGCAAAAAUGAAUCUUCUUUCGUCAAAGACUCAAAACAUUACCAUUACAAAGUCCGGGAAAAAGCGUGUUGCUCCAACUUUAAUCUCCGUUUCUUCCACAAAUGCAGCUACCUCAGCACCUUCUAAAUCUAACGCAUUUUUGUCCGGAACAACUGCUACUGCUACUGCAGAUGCUAAUACAACUACAUCCAAAAAUUUGAUGGUGGAAAAGAGGUCAAAAUUAAGCAAGAUAAUAUCACUCCCAUACCCUCCUUUACCAAAACACGGAUUAUCUACUUUGACUAGUUCCUUCCGCCCUAAUGUGGCUAAUGAUGAAACGGAACAAGAGAGUCUGGAAAAGACCAUUGACUAUAUUGCAGAAACAGACAACAACAAUUCUAGUUCACUAGACAAACGAGGCAAAUUUAGCUCAUCCAGCAAGAAAUCUUCGUCCAGCAAUACACUGAGCAAAUACACUAAUGGUGGAAGAAAACCUAACCCCAGCGUAUAUGGAGAUUCUUCAGGUGUCUGGAAUAAGCGGAGGAAAGUGGCCUACCCUGAUUGGAUUAAAGACUCUCUUGUGUCUCCUAUAACAAUAUACGGUGAUGCGAGCAUGAGCUCUUACAACGUUUUAGUUGAAAGAAAACAAUUAGCAGAGCCAUUAGUAGGAGAACAAGUUGUUGAAGUGAGAUACGAAAAUGAUCAUGUCUACAAAUAUUUAGAUCAUAAUGAUGAUACGGAGAUGGAGAGUAAUUGGAACGAAUUCGAUGCUGUUUCUCAUAUUUUAGCUAAAACAACCAACUGUGAGUCCGAUUCACUCGAAAAGUGGGAACUUUUUUUGAAUGAGAGAAUCACUUGCAUUGGUGAGUCGUCACUAGAAGGACUAUCAUAUUGGUGUUUUGGUACAGAGAAUGGUAGGUUGUUGCUGGUAUCUACAACUGGGAGACAAUUGUGCGGGUCCAUCGAACUUGGCUCGAACAUUGUUAAGCUUGUGUGCAAUGAAUCAUUUAUUAUGUGUGUUUGCGCAAACGGUUUGAUUUACUCAUGGAAAUUCUUCAAAUGCCACAGUUCUCUGAUUUCGGGUAACUCCAUAGUCGAGGGUGUGAGUUUAGCACCGGUGCUUAAUGCUCACUCGACGACAACAGAAAGCAAGAAGAAAGUAGACAUAAGCGCCAAGAUCACAAAUAUUUACAUGAGGUCAAACGGAUGUCCAAUUAUUGCUAUAAACGAUGAAAAGAGAAACUGUAUAUACUCAUUUGACCCGUUAUUAGAGUCUUGGGUUGAAGUUUUGGACAGUUUGUAUGUUGACUUCCUUCCUGCCUCCAUGUUAGAUCCAGAAAUGAAGCUUCUUGGUGAAAUAGACCAGAUACUGAAGUUCAUGACAAAGCGAUUUGUCAAAAAUAAGAAAUACAAUGAUUCUAGGGACAUCAAAGACGCCAAGGACAUCAACAUUGCCAAUGAUAGCAAAACUUUCAAAGACCUUGAAGUCACUAAAAGCACUAAAGACGACACAGAUACCAAGGAUGUCAAAGAAACUCAAAAGGUCGAAGCCGAUAAGAUCGCCUCGAUGGAAACGUCGAAGGGUCCAGCACUGUUCAUUCGUAGCGAGGCCAAGGAAGAGGCCACACUACAAUCAAUUUAUGAAGAUUGGAAAUCUGUAAAUAAAUGCGUUGCGGAAUGUAUUAAUAGAAAACUAGAAAAGUGUUAA